GCCUAUCAAUGAGUGACAGCGGAAGCACCCAAUCAAAGGGGAGAAACUGAGCGGCGUCAUCGCUUCUCGCCUCCUCAUUAGCAGCGUGCCUGUAGCUCUUGGCUACUGUCAGCUGCAUUUUCAGCAGGGAGCGUUGUUGCAUGUUCCGGCCUCUCAAGAUGUUAUCUCAUUAAACUCCACUCCUGUCCAAAAUCUAAAGAAGAUAUCUCUUCCGUUAAAAUGACAAAGUACAGACUCGUCCUGCUGAGACACGGUGAAGGGGCCUGGAACAAAGAGAACCGCUUCUGCAGCUGGGUGGAUCAGAAGCUGAGCAGUGAUGGGGUGACAGAAGCUCAGAACUGUGGCAGGCACCUCAAAGCACUUGGAUUCGAAUUUGACCUCGUCUUUACAUCCAUCCUCAGCCGUUCUAUUCAGACUGCUUGGCAUGUCCUGGAGCAGAUGGGGCAAGAAUGGGUUCCCACAGAAGCUUCAUGGCGGCUCAAUGAGCGGCAUUACGGUGCCCUGAUUGGCCUCAACCGGGCUGAAAUGGCCCUCAAUCACGGUGAAGAGCAGGUGAAGAGGUGGCGGAGGAGCUAUGAUGUCACCCCACCUCCUAUCACAGAGUCCCAUCCUUACUACCAUGAAAUCUAUAAUGAUCGCAGAUAUAAGCACUGUGAUGUGCUCUUGGAAAAGCUUCCCAAGGCUGAAAGCCUAAAGGAAGUGCUUGAUAGACUCCUUCCCUAUUGGAAUGGGAGGAUAGCACCAGAGGUGAAGAGAGGCAAGAUGGUUCUCAUUUCUGCUCAUGGGAACAGCACGAGGGCUCUCCUAAAACACUUGGAGAACAUUUCUGAUGAAGCCAUAGUCAACGUCACUCUUCCCACUGGCAUCCCAGUUCUCCUUGAGCUUGAUGAAAACCUACAUGCACUUGGCAAACAUCAGUUUCUUGGGGACCAAGAAGCCAUCCAAGCGGCCAUCAAGAAGGUGGAAGAUCAAGGGAAAGCCAAACCUGUUGUUUAAAAAUAAAGAGGACUUUACAAAUAUUGCACCUAUAUCUUUUGCCAUGUGUGGUGAAGGAUAGUGCUUCCUAGUUAGUUACACUCUACCAACCUCCUUUAUUUUAUGUCCUCAGUAAGUGAUAGGCAAUGGCAGUGAUAUUUUAGCAGUCCAUCUUUGGAGACCAGAAUUCAGAUCUCAGUAGAAGAAAGAGUGGAGUAUCCGUUCGUUUUAUUUUUAUGUAGAUUUCUGCCAAGAACCAUAAUGAUUUACAGAGCAAACAUCUUCACAUAAUUCUCAAAUAAGGACAGCAAGCUUUCAGGUUUACAAAUGCUGGACCUUCAUAGGAAUUUUUGAUUCAAAGUAUGGGUUUCCUUUUCUCUAAAACUAGGUUUUUGUUGUGUAUAUAGCCCUUGGCUUUGUGUUAAGCUAUUUAUUAGAUGCAUCACUGACAAUAUAAUUAUUGAACAAAGCCCUUAUUUUUACAUUUAAAAACCUCUUACCUGAACCUUUCCAGAAUUGGUUCUCUCAUUCUCUCUGAUAUAGAUCAUUUUUGUUUAUUCUCCUAUGGUGGCAUUGACUGUAUGGAUUUUAAGUUAAUUUGGGAUGAGCCAAAGUAUGUGGUUACCUUUCUCUUGAGGUACCUUACCCAACUGCUUUUAUUUUUUUAACAAAGUCAGUGUGAGUAUUUAAAACAAAUAGAAAAAAACAGUGCGAUGGGUCACUCACUCCUUCCUUCCUUCCCUCCCCUAACCUUCAUCCUUACCUGGCUACUGAAAGCUUUUGUUUUUUAAUAUAGAAACUACAGCACAUUUGCUAACUGUUGCUUUAAAUGUAGUACAGUUAUGGUAGUAAUUCAGCCAAAUAAAACAUACAAACUAAAUUUCUGUGCCACUGAUGUUUUAGUAAGGCAUUCUUUUUGGCAUUGACAAUGUAUGAAUAGCACCAAGAUAUCUUUUUAAAGUUUAACUCAGGUUUAGGGAACAGCUGGGUCCAUGUGUCCCUUUGGGUUGUUCUCUUUGGCUCCCUAUGCUGUCAAAAUUCAGUUAAAACUUCUCUUUGAUUUCUUCCACAAAUCUGCAAUGGGGAGAUCUAUGCAGGCUAACUACUACAAACAAGAUGCUAAAUUGCUAUUUCUCCAUUUGUCAUGCACUGGGAUAUAAACUUGUAUUUUGGCAGUUAGCAGAGAGAUGUUUCUCCAUAGAGAUCCACUUUGAAGUUGUAACAAUGGGGAAGAGUGUUUUUUGGGAGGAGGGGAAAAUUGGUUCUUCAGGAGACUGAAAUAUGUUCAUUGUUUUGGAUUAACUAAAAUGCUUUUAUGCUGUACAAGUGGCAAAUACAAUUUAGUUUGCACCUACAAAAUGUCUUGAGUUUUUGUGAACAAACUCCUGUUAAUGUAAGAUCUUUGGCAGAGGGACAAUCAUUCAUUAUUCCUUCCCUUUAUUUUGCCAUUUGAAGCCAUUUCCUAUUAUGCUACUGUUAUUGAUCUAGAACUGUUUAGUUUUGGCAAGGCUGCAAUAUAUACAUUCAGAACAUAACCCGGAUGUGAUACUGAUCCUGUCCUAAAGUAAAUCCAGAGCAUUUGGACAACAACAACCAAAGAUUUAUAACAACUAAAGGUUAGGAAGAUUUUUUCCAUGAGCUCCAUGCCUCUUCAUCAGAUCCAUGAAGCAGAAAAUCAAUUAGUAGAUAAUUUAUUUGAAUGGUGAAGAUGCUGGCAGUGAAGAAUGAUUUCAACCAUGGUCAAAGUGUCUAUGUUUGAUGCAGUAUGUGGGUGGAGAGAGAACACUAUUAAACAGUAAACAUUGAA